AGAUAGGAACUUAAACGCGGACUAGUGUGUUGUCAGCAAUCCAGAAGUGUACCCAGCCCAGCCCGGCAACAAUUCGAUUUUUUUAACCAACGUGGAUUAUAUACGACGAACAGAUUUGCUCCUAUAAUAUAGUUUGUAAAUAUAUGCACGACGUGUCCAACAAAAAUAUACAAUUGAAUUUUAGCUAAGGGUGAUGGAGGUAAAGCAGAGGGAAAUGUCCUGGUGGUCGCGCGGAGAGGAUGGGGAGGAGGCUAUGUAUCAGGACACUGACUCUGAUGUGGCUGAACAGAGAGACUGUGGAAAGGUCAAAGUGAAGUGGACACAAGAUGAGGAUGACAAUCUGAAAGCGUUGGUCCAGAACCGGGGCCCAAAUGACUGGAAAUACAUUGCCAGCCUUUUACCGAAUCGCUCAGAACACCAGUGCCAGCACCGCUGGUUGAAGGUUCUGGAUCCAGAUCUUGUCAAAGGGCCCUGGACCAAAGAGGAGGACGAGAAGGUGAUAGACCUGGUGAACAGGUAUGGCAACAAGCAGUGGGCUAUUGUGGCCAAGCACCUGAAGGGCCGGCUGGGGAAGCAGUGCAGGGAGCGCUGGCACAACCACCUCAACCCGGACGUGAAGAAAUCCUCCUGGACAGCAGAGGAGGACCUCAUCAUCUACAAGGCCCACUGCAUGCUGGGAAACCGCUGGGCUGAGAUUGCCAAGCUGCUCCCCGGAAGGACAGAUAAUGCUGUGAAGAACCACUGGAACUCAACCAUCAAGCGUAAGGUUGAGAUGGGCUUCUACAGCGGGGUGGAUCCUUCUCUGAAAUGUCAGCAGAUGGAACCAGAGGAGGGCAUGGCCCACCACAGUAGAGAUCAGCAGAUGGACUAUGGUGGUUCUAUGGAGAGGGACCCAGACCAAGACCCCACACUGCCGGAGAAUGCCAGUACAUCCACUGUGAGAGGCGGACCAAAGGAAGCAGGCUCCCACAAGGCUGUCUCUCCUCAACAGUCAAAGACCCCCAAAAGUGAGCCAAACACCCCAGGAGGUGAACUGAAUACCAGUAGCUGGGUGGUGGACAGCUCAGGCUUCCUGUCACCUAACGGCCCAGCCUUAAAAGAGGUGAUGGAGAUGGUAGAUGGGGACCUGGAUGGCUGGUGUAACAUGGCUGUCUUUGAUCUGCCUGAGGAGAGCCAGAGCCCAGAGCGGACCCAGUUUCGUCUGGAGGGCAGUGCUCUACAGGAGCUCAGUAAGGGUAACCGGGGGGAGCUGAUCCCCAUCUCCCCUGGAGGAAUCACCCCACCCUCCAUACUGACCCGGCGCAGCCGCCGUCGCAUCGCUCUGUCCCCUGACUCCAACAACUCCAGGACCCCGAAGAGCACCCCGGUCAAGAUCCUGCCCUUCUCUCCCUCACAGUUCCUCAACAUGUGGACCAAACAGGACAACUUUGAGCUGGAGAAUCCAUCUCUCACCUCUACCCCAGUGUGCAAUCAGAAGUCUGGGGUUACCACACCACUACACCGUGACAAGACUCCACUCACACAGAAGGAAAACUCUGUUUGCGCAUCCAAGCUUUACCCAAACUCAGUGUUCAUUACACCCAACCACAAGUCAAAUCUUGACACCACCCCACGGACUCCAACUCCAUUCAAAAAUGCCAUGGAGAAGUAUGGUCCUCUGCGACCAAUGCCUCAGACUCCGAAUGAGGAGGACUUGAAAGAGGUCCUCUUGAAAGAGGCUGGGAUUGAGCUGAUUGUGACGGAUGAGAGUCCACCCGAGCAAAGACGCAAGCAGGUGCAUCGACCUCCAAUGAAGAAAGUGCGUAAAUCUCUGGCUCUGGAUGUCAUGGACUGCAAAGAGAUCGUCACUGCCAGGCAUCAGUCCAUUAAGUCAGAGCCCAAAACCUGUCCUAAGGCUGAGACGUCUCUCAACUCCUCGUCCUUUUGUAUGAAGACGGAAGAUAAAGAGGAGAAUGUUCUGGAUCAGGGCUUCUGUUUAGGACCCAGUGAGAGUGGUGCAUAUUCCAACCCAGUGCCCCCAACCCCAAUGUCCAAGGCAUGGGAAGCAGUGGUAUGUGGACGGACUAAGGACCAGCUCAUAAUGACAGAGAAAGCAAGACGUUACCUCCGUUUACUGAAAUCCCACGCUCCUAACCGGGCCCUCAUCCUGUCCUGAGCUCUCACUAACUUAGUUGUCCUCUGUGCAGACAUUUUUGUGUGUUAAACAUAGGGUUGCAACAUUCUGGGAACUUUCAAUAAAUUACCUGGUUUUCCUAGAAUCAGGAGGGAAUAAGCAGGAAAUCCGGGAUCUUCCAACCAUGAUUUCUGGAAAACCAGGGAAUUUAUUGAAAGUUUGCAACCAUAGUUAAACACUCCCUAGAGCCCCCUGCAGAAAUCUAAUUAGCAUACUAAAAACAUCUCCAUCAAAGUGUGUCAGUUUAAACUAGAGAUAUGUUUUUUUGCAUGGGCUGCGUCUUAAUCCACUGCAUCUGCCGAUGUCGCCCUUCCGCAUCUGCGGUGAAAGGUGGCAGAGCUAGUGCGGUGUUUGUCAGACUAUGAGCGUCACGGGACUC